AUGUUACCACCGUUCCCCAGGUUCUACAUCCCCCGUCCGGACGGGACCUUUACUCCUUUAAUUCCACUCGACGAGCUACCCUGGUGGAUCUCCAUUGCUAACUUGAACACGGACGAUCCAUCCCUAUACACCCAUAUGUGCCCCGCCACUCUGUCCCUUAUCCCUCGUGCAGGCGAAUACGAUCUAAUCUGUCAUCACUGUGUUUCGCAAGUCGACACUUGCCAUCGCAGUGUCUCCGAAUAUAGCGACACCAACAUUCUUGGCCCUAGCCCCGUUAUCUCCUACGACGACAUACGGAGCGAACCGAUUUCUUUUGCCUUGCAGGCUCAGAACCAGACACCCUCUCAGUUGGCCUCUGUUCCACUGCCAUAUCUGAAGCAACCACCAUACUUCACGGAUCUCUGUAGCCCGUUUGUCGGCAUGUGUUUGGUCAGCUGUCCACGUUUCCGUUGGCCUUUUGGAUUUGGGGCGUCGGCAGCAGCCAGUCAGCAGGGGGACGAAGAAGGAGAAGAGCAGGCGCCUAGCCCCGACAUCGAGCCUGGUCCCCAGAGCCCAGAAAAUGCGGAGUUUAAUCCCGAGGCGCCUGAAUUUGAACCCAUUCAUCCUGGCCCCCCGUCACCCUCUGCACCCUCUGCACCCUCUGCACAACCUGAACAGCCUGAACAUCAUGAUCAACCUGCACAACCUGUAACCCCUGCACAACCCAUAUCUCGUGAUCAACUAAGGAGUCCUCCGGAUCCUGGCUCUCUACAGGGCUCUAGUUUCGACAGUGAAAUUCAUGUUCACUCUCCACCCAUGUUUUGGUGUGAUGGGAUCCAUGAUAGAGGAUCCUCUACACGCUCACUUCUGAGUAGCCUCCCACGUGAGCAACGGCCCAGGAAGUCGGCGUUAGCGGACAAGGCUCGGAUUUCACAGGGAGGAGUGAAAAAGGUGAGAUUCGACUGGCACCGGACCGAGAAAGCCAGUGGAGUGAAGAGGAAGUAA